AUGGCCAUUCACAAGCUCGAAGACAACGCCAUUCGGGCCAUAGGCGCCACCCAGGUGCUCACAGACCCGGCCGCACUUGUGAAGGAGCUCCUCGACAAUGCUCUCGAUGCCAAGGCCACAUCAGUGGCCAUCGAGAUGAGUGCGAACACGCUUGAUGUCAUCCAAGUCCGCGACAACGGCCAUGGUAUUGCGGGUGAGGACCGUCCACUGGUAGCAUUGCCGAACUGCACCAGCAAGCUAGAGAUUCUUGACGACUUGCGAAGCAUCGGUGGUGUCUCUCUGGGCUUCAGAGGCCAAGCACUCGCCAGCGCGGCGGAGAUGACUGGUACUCUUACAAUCACGACAAGGGUCGAAGGCGAGCAGGUUGCCACGGCCAUGAAGAUGAACCACUUAGGCCAAAUCGUCGAAGAAGCGUGUGCUUCGCUCCCUGUCGGUACCACAGUGAAGAUUACGGACUUUGUCAAGUCAAAUCCUGUUCGUCGACAGCAUAUCCUUAAGAACGUGGACAAAUGUCUCCGGACGAUCAAGCGAUCUCUGCAGGCUUAUGCUUUUGCGAGACCACACGUCAGGCUGUCUCUACGCGUGCUCAAGGCUAAGAACGACAAGGGUGCUUGGCUGUACGCGCCCAAGCCUAACGGCAACGUGGAAGAAGCUGCACUGAAAAUCGUCGGCUCAGCGUGUGUCACCCAGUGUACGUGGUCAAUUGUGGAAGACUCCGGCUUCACCAUGCGUGCCUUCUUGCCACGUCCAGACGGUAAACCAAGCAAGAUUGGCAACAUCGGCGCCUUCGUAGCGGUCGAUGGCAGGCCCGUUUCAGCGCUGAGAGGUACCUUCAAGCAGAUUCUAAAGAUCUUUCGCCAGAGUCUGAAAUCCGCAGAUGACGCCUUGGAGGGCAUCAACGAGCCAUUCAUCUGGCUCGAUCUAACUUGUCCGCUUGCGAGUUACGAUCCAAACGUUGAGCCUGCUAAAGACGAUGUGCUUUUUGAGGACCCGGAAAAAGUGCUGGCUUUGGCAAAGCAGCUUUUUGCUUCUACGUAU